GCCCAUCAAUCCCGGAGACGCGACAGAUCAUCGCUGCGCGGCGCGUCUCUUCCCCUCAUACGGACCGCCCAACAUCGUCAUUAGCAGCCCGCGUUUACAAUUAAUACCUGGCCCGCCGGCGCUGCUGCGCUCGACCCUCGCCGUUACACCGUCUAGCCUCUAUCCGCCCACCACCGCCGCAUGAAUACUGAGCAUCCCCAUAUUAUUGAUUACGGCAACAGCACACGCCCCCUGCAACUCUCUUUGCCCUGUGCCCAGGCGAUUCCCCUUUCAGCUCCCGAAGCUCGAGGCCAGGGUUGUGCUGCGCGCACCAACCAGCGCACAGUUCGCGGGCCUAAGCCCCUCAAACACUCGAUAUCCUCUCAUCUCCCAUCUGCCCCCUCACGAUAAUGCCACCCGGCGGCAACACCCACCUCUCCUCCACCCAGCACAGGAGCAAGCGGCCGUACCAGCCGCCCAUUACCAGCUUCUUCACGCCCUACGACUUCGGGGAUUCUUCUGAGAGCGAUAACGAGCGGGGGCCUGGACCAAACACCCAUAGGCACAUCAGCGCUAGUGGACCGAAGCACCAACAACACCCACAUCAACAAUUUCAGCAGCAGCUCCCAGGGAGCGUACAGGCCGAUCUCCUCAGUGUAGGCAUGCGUGUGCGGAAGAGCGUGCCUGAGGGCUACAAGACGCACAAGACCAUGUCGCUGCCCUCGAUCCAGACCACUCUCACCAUGACACCGAACGGCACCUCGACUACCAUGACCACCACCCAAGAUCACAGCGUCAAGCCGCCUCGCGAUCCCGUACCUGCCCAAGUGCUGCACCAGCGCGAGCUACUGCCCUUCUGCGGCCUGCAAAAGAUCGGUGGUUAUGCCGAACAGCCUGUCACCAACGUGCACCUUUACGGCGGGGCAGAUGCCUCGGGCGAGCGUGCGCUGAACAUCUUUCCCUUGCCCGCCGAAGCCUUUUCGCAACCCUUCAGCUCACAGUCUUCGACGAGCUCAUCCAUCUCGAAUUCAUCGUUUCAGGCCCCCAAUCCUGCCAACUUGCACAAGCGCUCUUGGCAAGAUGAAGACGAAGCGCCCGCCCGCCUCAGCUCAAAUUUCUUGUUCAAAAUACCCGUAAAGGUGUCUGAGGACGAGGUGCCUAUCUCGCCUCUCUCGGCAACGCCUCCGAAUGGCUUCCCACAAGCACCACUGCGGCCGUUCGCGCAGCCUAAAACAAGGAGAUCGGGCUUGAGAGCGACGGACAUCGAUGGCAUGAUCGUCAAGGAGGUGGAUAUGGACAUGGAUCUCGGAAAUGCGGACAUGACCGAAGGGCGCGUGGUCGUUGGAAGCUCCAGCGAUUUCGACGAGGCUGAAUUCCUGCAGCCGUGGGGUGCCGGACGAGAAGUCUGCAUGACUGGGAUAUGAGCUUGACGGCCAUUCAAUGGCCCUCUUACGCUUCAUGUUCUCGCUUUGAGUGGCCAUCUCGCCACCUUUUACGUUUCUCUUCUUCUAUGUUUGAACACGAACCUUUCCUUCCCGUCCUGUUUUAUGUUGAGCGCGGCAUACGCUCAUCUGCUUUAUACACAGCUUUCCCUGUUGUCUUUCCCUCUUCACUCGGCAUGGCGGAAGGCGUUCGGUAGUGGGAUGAAUGUCUGGACAGCGCGUCUCGACUCGGCAUAAUGGAGUAUACCCAUGGUUUUGGUUUCUUUUGUCCUAGGGUGGAAUUUUCGUUCACCGUAUGCUGCCUUUCGUUCUCAUAAUGUAUUCUUCAGGCAUCAGUGUCGGAAUAGAAAUGGAAGUCGUAACAAAUCAAGUGCA